AUGGAUUGUAAUCCAUUUCCGAGUGGUUCUAAUUUUGUUGAUCUUCUUCAAAGUCAACAAGAAAGUGUCUUUAGUGCAUCACAAGUUCCUUAUUAUGUAAAUCAAUCUACUGAAGAUUGCAACCUCGGUAAAGAGACUCCUGUUGAGCGUAGAGAACGUAGGAAAUGGACUCCUUCAGAUGAUAUUUUGCUCAUCAGUUCAUGGUUUAAUACGAGCAAAGAUCCUGUCGUGGCAAAUGAGCAAAGAUCAGGUGCAUUUUGGAAGAGAAUUGCAGCCUACUUCGCGGCAAGCCAGAAGGUUUCAGGGUGCGAACAGAGAGAGCCAAUGCACUGCAAGCAAAGGUGGCAGAAGAUUAACGACCUCGUCUGCAAGUUCUGUGGCUCGUACGAAGCUGCAACCAGAGAGAAGACAAGCGGACAAAAUGACGCUGAUCUUCUCAAAAAAGCGCAUGAGAUCUUCUACAACAACCACAAGAAGAAGUUUACCCUUGAGUAUGCGUGGCUGGAGCUGCGAAAUGACCAGAAAUGGUCUGAUCUUUCAAGCUCAAAACAGUCUUCAAGUUCAAAAAAGAGGAAGUUGGACGAUGGUGCACAAUCAUCAACAUCUCACGCGACUGAAAGCAAGAUGUCCGCAUGUGAUGAAGGCCUGAAUCGUCCCCCGGGUGUGAAGGCAUCUAAGGCACGGGGUAAGAAGACUGAUGAGGGGAAGGGCCUGUCUGAGUUUCAGACAAUGUGGUCGAUAAGGCAGAAGGAUCUUGUCAUGAAAGAAAGGCUGUCCAAGAUGUCUCUGCUUGGGAAUCUUGUUGCAAACAAAGAUACAUUGUCCGAGAGUGAGGAAGCUCUAAAGAAUAAGCUGAUUGAGGAGUUGUUGUAUGUUUGA